UCGAUCAUCACACUUACGGAGAAACUACUGCAGUCCACACUACAAAUCCAAAAUGCGUUUUGUUAUAUUGACCGUUUUGGUGGCAUGUGCCAUGGGCAUGGAAUUCGACUUGAAGAAUCUCCAGGGGAUGCUUGGAGGUCUCGGCGGUAUGGGAAACAUCGGUAACUUGAUGGGACAAGCCAAGAACAUGAUGGAAGGACUCAACCUGGACGACAUUUCCUCCAUGAUUAAAGACAUCGACCCCGAAGAGCUGAAGGGAAUCAUCGACCACAUGCCCCCACAUAUGAUGGAGAUGGUCGAGGGAAUGGGAAUUUCCAAAGAAGAAAUCAGUGAAGCCGCCACUCACCUGCCAGAGCACGUAGACGAAAUCAAGGGUAUGAUCGGCGAGGCCCAGAACGGAAAUAUCCAGAAGCUGGUGAAGUCUGAGCUCCAGAAUAUGGGACUUCAGGUACCGGAAGAGGAUGAUAUGGGAAGCAUUAUGAGUACUUUGAAAACCCAAGCUAAGGCAAAAAUGAGCGAGUUUGGUCUUGACGUCGAGGACUUCCAAGAUAUCAAAUCUGCUAUGCCCAAACUGAUGUCCGUCCUGCAGAAACAACUGAAGGAACAAGGCCUUGAAAUCGAUACAGAGGACCCAGAAAGCAUGAAAAACCAUCUUGAGAAAAUGCUCAUGAUACAUUUCGAAAUCCCAGAGGACGCCUCCCCAGAAGAGAUGAGGGCUAGGGUCAUGGGCAAGAUGAGGGAAUACAUUGAAGAUCUCGGAAUCGAAUAUACCGAGGAGGACAUGGAAACCCCAGAGAAGGCAAUGAACAUGCUCAAGAAGAAGUUCCUCAACACCGCCAACGGUUACGGAUUUGAAUUUAAAGAUGAUGCUUCUUUCGACGAGAUCAAGGAGGCCGUCAUGAGCAAAGUGAAGAACUCUGGAAUUCUCGAGAACCCCAUGCAGUACCUGCCCAUGCUCAUCAAGGGCUUCAACAGUCUCGGCGGAAUGAAAAUGCUGAUGGGCGAGACCGAACAGCCACAACCCCAAAUGCAGAUGUCUCCUGAACAUAUGAUGAUGAUGCAGCAGCAGAGACAAAUGAUGAUGCAGAGACAAAUGAUGAUGCAGAGGAGGCCAACGCCCAUGAAAAUGAACUUCGAGAUCAACGUUGAUGGACAGAACUCCUACAGGCCGCCAAAUGCCUUCCCUGCCUACCUGAGGGGUGCUGAGGAUGCCCUUAUGCAUGCUUAUGGUGAUGACGAGGAGGUUGUCCGUCACGUGAUGACUGUACAACAAGGAAUUUCCCAAGGCGCUGUAUCCGAGGAGGCCGUCCACGAGCUUCUCUCCGAUCUUAUGCACGCUCGCCUCCAGACCCGUGUCCUUGCUGCCAGGAACCAGAUGUUGAAGCAGCAGGUCAUGCACGAGCAGUUUGAGACUCGUAUCCCAGUCAGCAAGAGUCCCUUCCUUAAUCAUAUUCGCCACAAGUGCAGGCACGGCAGGAAAGUCGACCACGAGUAAAGUCGCCAGCUAAGUAACGGAGCAAGCCCGGUGUGAAUCGCACCGGGGCGAUUUUAGAAUUAAUUGACAGCCCAUUGGUCCGCAUCCAAAAAUAUGCUUGUAGAAUGAUCUUGAUAAAAAAAAUCUCUCGUCGUCAGAAAGCUACGUUAUCUUAGCUAUCCAUAGGCUAUCACAAUACAUGCCUGUUGAAUGUCAUAGAAUUAAACAAGAUGUGGUAAACUAUAGAUAAAAUUCUGACAAUAAGAAAAGCGAUACACCUGUUCUGUGGAGGAAAAUGAAAAGACAAUUCCAUAAAAAAAAAAUAUGAUUUUAUUGUAGUACCUCACAUUAAGUUGUCAUUCAUUUCAGUGGGGAUGAUGGGAAGCAAGGCCUAGGGAAAUAUACCUUUAUAUCCACAAUCACAAAUUAAAAAUUACACUCUUAUAAGUUUGCCUAUUGAAUGAUCUAUUGUGAUAGGAUAUCGACCAUCAUGAUAAGAUUACCAGGUCUUAUACCGUAUUUUGCUGGUGCAUUCGAUAAGUAGGUUUUCGUUAUAUUUACUUUUGAACGUGCUAAUAAUUCUUCCGUGUUAAAAUAGUUUCAGUUGUAAUCUGUUAUAAACUUUAUAAUAUUAACUUUAUUUGUUUACAACAUUUAUAAAGCAAGUUUUAUUUAGUUGUUCACUAUUGAUGGAAGCAUGAAUGUGGUAUUGAUGAUUUAUUUAUUAUCAUAUUGCUAUGAAUUCAAAGAUGUAAUCAAAUAAUGAAUAUGAAACAUAUAGUAUAUAUCUAAUAAUCAGAUACAAAGCUUUACGCUCCUUAUACAUUAAAACAAAGUAUUCCAAACUCCAUCUUUCAUUAUCGGUGAAUAAAUUUGUAACUAAUUAUCAACGUUUCUGAUAUGGAGAAUGUUUAAAAAGUUUUGAUAUGGAAAGAAAUAAGAAUUAAUCUUGUCAAAUUUAGACUUUUUAUUUCGCUCCACCACCGAUUGAAGUAUCGGUAGUAGAGCAAAGUUAAAAGGAACUAAAUAAGAAUGAUCAUGAUAUUACAAUUAAUAGUACGAUACUUUGCUAAACAAUUAUUGUUAAGAAGUGAUUGUAUUUUUUGUUAACAAAUCUAGUUUGUAUAAAACAAACACCUAACAAUCAAAUGCCUUCCAUUUAUAUUUAUACAAUGCGUAUAAUUGUGAUGCAUUUUGGUCAUUUAAACUGUAGGUGUAAUUCGAAUGAAAUGUAGAGUGAGCGCGUAGAGUGAAUAUAAGACCUUUGAACACAUUCAGUUGUCCAGAUCUCGAGAGCUAUAAUAUGAUUUAUUAUACUUAACAAAUAUACAAUAUUUCAUUCAUGAUUAGUUUUGCUUACAAAAUAUAAUACAGUUAUAAAAUUCAUAUUAAUGAAUAUAAAUGUGAAAGCGCCUAUCUCCGUUUCCUUCACAAAACACGUAUAUUGAAACAUCGUUUCAAUCAUAUAUACAUUGAAUUUUAAGGUAACUUAAUUACAGACAAGUAGUGAUUUAUUUCCAGCACUAAUUGCAUAUCAAAUUAGAUGUACAUUGUAUGUUUCAGAAUUGGUAUGUUAAUAGUUCGUUUCCGAUUUAAAACAGAGUUUGUAUUUUGUAGAAACUGUUCUUUUGAACCAAUGAAAAAAACCAAGACAGCAAAGCAUUCAGUCUGAAAUAUACAAGUCCAAAGAUGUGGUCAAUACCAAAACAAUCAUGAAGCAGCUUUGCCCAAGAAAAAUAAAUUGAAGACGGUUCAAUAAUCUAUAUAUAAUUGAUAGAGAUAGUUGUUUACACACAAUUUAGAUUAAAUCAUAUAUACAUUGAAUUGUAAGGUAACUUAAUUACAGACUAGCAGUGAUUUAUUUCCAGCACCAAUUGCAUAUCAAAUCAGAUGUACAUUGUAUGUUUCAGAAUUGAUAUGUUAAUAGUUCGUUUCCGAUUUAAAACAGAGUUUGUAUUUUGUAGAAACUGUUCUUUUGAACCAAUGAAAAAUACCAAGACAGCAAAGCAUUCAGUCUGAAAUAUACAAUUCCAAAGAUGUGGUCAAUACCAAAACAAUCAUAAAGCAGCUUUGCCCAAGAAAAAUAAAUUGAAGACGGUUCAAUAAUCUAUAUAUAAUUUAUAGAGAUAGUUGUUUACACACAAUUUAGAUUAAAUCAUAUAUACAUUGAAUUGUAAGGUCACUUAAUUACAGACUAACAGUGAUUUAUUUCCAGCACCAAUUUUCUGUAAUAUGAUUUUUUUUUGUUUGAUUCAUCUACAUAAUGAAAUUGAUUUUGCAUGAUAUCCAGUGCAAUCAUCUUCUUUUAUUUAUUUUAACAUUUUUUUAAAUUGGUUCAAAUUCAUGUCAAAUCUGUUAUUUUUUGAAAUCGGGUGAUAUUUUUUAAUGAUUGAUCACUUAGUUUGUAUACAUUGGUCAUUGUUUAGUUUUGCAAUUUCUCCACAGAAUGUUUGUAACAUGACGAUUGUUUUAAAUUUGUAUUCCCUUUACAUAUUUAGCAUACAUAGGAGACUGGCAUAACAUGUCGAGUGAAAAAGGUGAUGAUAAUAUUUCCAGUGUAAUAGUGAUUAUUCUUUAUUAAAGUUGUAUUCAUGGGUCCAAAUGCUGGAAAAUCGCACAAUUACAGAAGCGUUAACUUUUGAUUUUUUUCCAUACCUUAAGGACAAGAAUGUUAGGAUA